UACCUACAAUUUCCUCUCCGGCAUAAAAAAUACGGUGGAGAGUGAAGACCUACGCGCGGAUGUCUAUUUCUCCUGCAAUUAAGGGGUAACAGAAGGCUACCGUUUCCCCGAAAUUUUCAAACAAAUUUCCUGCUCAAAGUUAUCAAUAUUUUUUUAACCCAAAGCACAUUGAUCUCCAUUAUCGCUUCCUGGAGAUUAAUGUGCUUGGAUUUAUAAAAGUACCGUUAACUUUCAGCCGGAAAUUUGUUCCAAAAAUUGGAAAACUAGCGGCAUUCUGUUACCCUUCAAGGGAGCACCGAUGAAGUUUCAUCGACCAAAUACGCGAAAUAAAUACGACGGCUACUUAUAAUAUGUCUGAAGGUUAUUUUAAAAACACGAUUAUUCAAUUGCAGAAUCAUCGCGUCAAUGCGGCAAAUUUCACGAGUGCAAUUGAGUAAUUUAUAACGCACGCCCACCGUUUCGUCCGGUAUAUAAAAGCUUUCGCCCGGAUGUGAACCAGUUAUUGUCACUGUGAGCUCCGUAGCAACAUGAAGAGUUUAAGUGUGAUACCGUUUAUUAUUGGCUUGAUAGGGUACGAGAAAUGCGUGGAGGAUUCGCCCGAAUUGUGGAAAUAUGGUCCUGAAUACACGUAUCGUCUCAAAGUCAAUAGUUCAUUGACCUACGCACCUACAAUGAAGGAAUCUGGCACAAACAAUACAAUUAUCGUAAAGUGCAGGCCAUUUUCGACAUCCUCUGAGGACCAGGCUGACGCUCUACAAUGUCGCAUACUGAAUGCAGAGAGUCAUAAAUACAACGUUGAGAAUUCGUUACAGCCACCGAAAUGGGAGUCCGAUGGAGUACUCUUCAACCUGAAGAUAAAAGGCAAAAUGUUCGAGAUGCUUUACGAUAAACAUGGCAUUCACAAAUUGCGAAUACAUUCCUCAACUAGUGGGGCCGAAGGUACCAUUUUUCGAACGUUCGCCCAUCACCUCAACUUGGAUGCCAGUGAUUUCGAUCAAACCGAGGACAGCUUCACCAUUUACAAAGAAGAACACACGAUGAUUGGUCAGUGCAAGAGUCAGAUAGACGUGUCGACGAAAAUCAAGUUCAAAAGUGAACAAUGGAGCAGCAAGUGCGGUGAUAAAAUUCAUCUGGAAACAUUUACUUAUGGAGACAAGCACCCCCUCGUUGUUAUCAACAAAACCAGAGAUACAACACAGUGUGCUGAUGCUAUACCCCAUCUCCUCCGUUCGAACGAGCCAAAUUCCAGUUAUAACGUAUCGAAAUUGUCGUCUUUCACCGAAUUCGUUGUGGCCCCUCACAGUUUCGGGAGUCUCACUGUCAGCGAAGGCUAUGUAACAGUUCCUCACUUACCGGAGAAAAUAUCUACCAAAGAGUUCGUAGAGCUACGUUUAAUGAGCAUCGAACCUGCUAAUGAACCGCUCAAAUGCAUCACAGAGUCUAACAACAGCACCACUAAAAUCAUCAGACUGUAAUCCUCAUCGAAAAUUAAUAAUAAAAUAUGUAAUUCAAAUGGCUGAAUAAAAACGGUUACAUUCCGGUUUUUUUAUUUUAA